AUGGUAAUCAGUCCUUCAUUGGACUGGUUGGUGUCUUUUAUCUUUCAAAUGACAACGUACAGUAAAGAUGGCAAAUGCAUUGGUCUUAGGAAGUGUUGUGGUACUCCAUACAACAUAUUUCACCUCCCAAUGUCUAGUUCUUCCAAUACUUCUAAGAAGUCAUCAACUACCACUACUGCUGGUGGGCGGGGCUCACAGCCUCAAGCAACUCGUCGGAGCCAAUCAGACGAGAGAUCUGAUACUCUUAAACUAGUGAAGGACUUUUUGAAUCCUCAGCCACCACCUGUAACUCAAGCCACGCCCACUCACACAACGUCCAAGCAAGACAGACUGACGGAAGAGGUGGUGGAGAGGAAAACUACCACAAUAAUAGAUGAACUGUCACAGAAUCAGGACUAUAAGGAAGCUGUAGAGUGUGUGAUAGAGUUAGAGUCUCCUGGUCUAAUGAACGUGUUUGUACAGACUGGCAUCAACCACUCACUGGAGAAAUCAUCAGCAGUUCGGGUAUCAGUUGGGAAACUGUUUGAUACAUUAGUAGCAAAGGAUCUAUUAACAACUGAGAAAUUAAUAUCAGG